GUUGUCUGACAGAUGUCGUGUUGGAGAAUUCAGAGGAAGAGUGAAGAGAGAGAAGGCUCUGGAACCUCUGGACCUGAAAGACUUCCCAGAACCCCCUCCACCCGUGACCAACGAGGAGAGCCCUGACAUCAGAUCCACUUCUGCCCCCUGCCCUGCCUACCACAGUCCCACAUCCAUCUCUUACCAGCCCCUGGAAACUGACUUCCCUCCCCCAGAUGAGUCCUACACCGAGCCCAAGACCUCAAUACCCCAGCUUCAUACUCAGCUGCAGUCUGGUACCAGGAGGAAGGGUCCGCUCCCCCCACCCAGACAAGACCAUUCAAGACAUCCACAAAACACCCACUCCCAGGAGUCUCUGUCUGGCUCUCAGGGCGGAGCUUCCGCCUCCCACGCCCCGGUCUCCUCCCACUUUGCCUCUGGUCCCACCCACUCCCCAAGGGGGGAUUCUGAUCAGAGCAGAGGAUUGGUGGAGAGGGAGCAGGAGACGGUACACCAGGUAGUACCAUCCAAUCCUGGUCCAGCCCUUCCUGCCUUGCCCAGUAUGAGGUGCCAUCGUUCUCCCUCUCCUCAGUUUGCUCCUCCUCAGCUGACAGACAAGCCUCCUGUCUCUCUCCAGCAGCACCAUGACAACCCUGUCUCUCUCUCGGUCUGUCUGCACUAUGACCAAAACAACAGGAUGGAGAAUGUGAUAGAGCCAACCAGUGUGAGGAAGGUUCCUAUAAAGAUCAUUCACUCAGAGAGCGAGAAGGAGAAGGAGAGCCGACAGUACCUGCUGCGUCACAGUCACUCCACAGUGGAAGAAUCCCAGGGGCCCAGUCUGGUCCCCCUCAGCAGCCUGGGGACCUCAGGGGCCCCGGAACAGUCCUACUCUCUGUUCUGUGCCUACAGCCGGCAGAGGGACCAGGGGCCAGAGAGAGAGAAGACACUGGUCCCACCCAGUUACCCAGCCCCAGAACUGCCUACACCCCCACCCCCUUACCAAACCCCUGAGAUGGACCUGGAGCAACACAGAGACACACACAUGUGUCCUCUCAGGGUCCACAACAGCCAAAUGGCAGUCCUGGCCACAUCCCCACCCAGCCGACAGACCACCUCGGACCCAGAGCCCCCCAGUGGUAACUGCUUGUCCCCUCCCGUCCCCCUCCCCCACUCUGAGGAGGAUGUGAAGACGGAGCAGCUGGCCAGAGACAUCAUGAAUAAGGAUCGGUCCCUAGCUGACAUCUUGGAUAAGAGCUGGAGGAGGACCACCAUGGACCUGAUGGAGGGACUCUUCACCCAGGGAGAAGUGCUGCUGGAGGGGAAGGAGAGGAGGAAGGUGUCCCUCAAACACUCCCCACCACGGCCUUCAGAGGACAGGAGUGAGGAGGACAGUGUAGCGGCAGCAGUUUCUUUGGUGACCAGCUCCACCUAUUACAGCACGUCGGCACCAAAGGCGGAGCUUCUGAUCAAGCUGAAAGACAUGCAGGAGAGGGAGGGGCUAGAGGAGGAGCUGGAGGAGGAGUCAGCGGAUGAGUUGGACCACGACCUGGCCAAUAAAAAGCAGGAGCUGGUGGACUCUCUCAGCAGGAAGCUGCAGGUGCUGCGUGAGGCCAGGGAGAGUCUUCAGGAGGAUGUCUGUGAUAACAACGCCCUAGGAGAGGAGGUGGAAGCCACGGUGCAGCAGGUCUGUAUGCCAAACCAGCUGGACAAGUUCAGGAUGUUCAUAGGAGACCUGGACAAAGUGGUCAGCCUGCUGCUGUCCCUGUCCGGACGCCUGGCCAGAGUGGAGAACGCCCUCAACAGCCUGGAGGAUGGUACAUCACCUGAGGAGAGGAGAACCCUGACAGACAAGAGGAAGCUGUUGAUCCAGCAGCAUGAGGAUGCCAAGGAGCUGAAGGAGAACCUGGACCGCCGGGAGAGAGUGGUCUACAACAUCCUGGCUUCCUACCUCCCAGAGGAGAGCCUGACCGACUACCAACACUUUGUCAAGAUGAAGUCUGCCCUCAUUAUUGAGCAGCGCAAACUAGAGGACAAGAUUAAACUGGGAGAGGAGCAGCUCAAGUGUCUGAUGGACAGCCUGCCGCUAGAGCAGAGGAUGAGCCUGUAACCCCUGACCCCUGGAUCAGAGAAUGGCUCCAAACGCACAUGACUUCUCAAACUGUGUAUGAUGGACCUGACCACUCUGGCCUCACUGCAGUGGAACCCUAUGGCCACUAAGGGGCAGCAGAGAUUAGCAGAGAGGAGCAGCAGUACCCCACUAGAUUUCAGCAAAGAACAGAGCUCCAGACUGUAGAGUUUGUAAUGUUUAGUUGACGUUUCCUCCUCAGUAUCUCAACACUGAUCUGAGUCUAAUGGAGCCCCACCAGAACAUAUAUAUAUAUAUAUAUCACACAAAAAAUGUUAAAGGUUAAAUAAAUAAUAAUAAAAAUAAACCCAACAUGAAACUAUUUCAAUGAUGUUACUGAGUUACAAUUCAUAUAAGCAAAUCAGUCAAUUGAAAUGAAUUCAUUACGUCAGAAUCUAUGGAUUUCACAUGACUGGGCAUGGGCACAGCCAAGGUUGGGCAUGGGAGGGCAUAGGCACACCCACUGGGGAGCCAGGCCUAGCCAAUCUUAAUUCGUUUUUCUCCACAAAAGGGCUUUAUUACAGGCAGAAAUACUCUUCAGGUUCAUCAGCUGUCCAGGUGGCUGGUCUCGGACAAUCCCGCUGUAUGUGGAGGUCCUAAACUGGCAUGGCAGUGGUCUGCGGUUGUGAGGCCUGUUGGACGCACUGUCAAAUUCUGUAAAUCGACAGCAGUAUAGUAGAGAAAUUAACAGUAAAUUCUCUGGCAACAGCUCUGUUGGACAUUCCUGCAGUCAGCAUGCCAAUUGCACAAUCCCUCAAAACUUG